UUUCUACUCUUGCAACACAGUGCGCGUUUGCAUCAUGUUCCAUUCAUUCAAGCCUAUAUUAUGAUCCCGAUGUGAUCAAUAAAUAACUCCAAGACGGUAUUCUACGUUGCAUCACCAAAAUAUCAUCAAGAUCUUAUCAGCUCCACCCUCAACCUUGUUUGUUCACCAAAAAAUCAUUAUCUUAAUUGACUGACGCGGGCCAAUUAUUGAAUGAAAACAAGAUAGGAAUCUACAAUAUGCUAUUUGGAAAUGCGAAAGGUGACCUGUGAAGGUAAAACUAGAAUAGAGGAUUUAUAGACACACUGAUCAGAUUGAAGAACUCCUAAAUAAAAAAAAUCGAAGGUAGAGAAAACAGUAACAUGGUUAUCCUAAAAUAAAAUAUUACUCAUGCUGGGAAGAGGUUCACAACUUUCGAAUGAUCAAUAUACUUAGAAGUAACAGAAGAUAAUGUUACCAGUCGGUGGAAAAAAAGGAAAUCUCAAUUCUCAAUUGAAUGAUCAAAUUGCUAAUGAAGAACCUCUCAGAAGAUCAUCGAGAAUUAAGAAGAGAAUUUUGGCGCAAAAUAUCGAGAAAUCCAUAAAUGAUAUUUCAAAAAAUACCAAAGAGCAAUUGGGCAAUGCCGAAGAACUACAAAAAAAACUAAUUAAUCCGCCAAAACUGGAAUUUCCAGAAUUUAAAGGAAUAAAUGGUAGUAUAGAUGAUAGAGGAAUCUCUAAGAAGAGCAACACUACAAACAAAAAAUGUUUAGGGAAAGUAAAAAACCGGAAAAAUGACGAAAAAGAACUGAGACAGGAAUUCCAUUCUAGCAACAGUCAACAAAACCAUGAUGUGAACAAUUCAAAACACAUUGAUCAAUCCCCAUCAAUUAAUGUUGAUCAACCAACUGCCGAGGUGACCGCUGACUCAACUGAACAAAAAAAUAUAAAGAAAGGAUUCGAAAAGCUAAACGUAUUGAAUGAACGACAACCUUCUGAUAAAAAUCUUCGAAGCAAAAAGGACAAAGUAAAUUCACAAAAAAAUCAAUGCAUCCCAACAAAAACCCGUAACAAACGCACGAAUAUGACAAAAACUGAUAAAAAAGAACAAGAAGGUCAAUCAGGAAUGGAAAUUGUAGAAAAAUGUGUUGUCUUGCCUUCAACCAAGAAACCUUCUACUAAUGGUUUGGGAUAUAAUAAUGAAGAUAAAAAUGGAAAGCAAACUAUUCCAAAAUCUAACUUUGAUAAUACGGGUAACGCUCAUAACCAACAGAAGGCAGAAAUUUCCAAACUUGAAUCAUUUUUUGAACAACUUUUACAAAAUAAAAAGAAGAAAGAAUCUAUCAAGAAAAGUGAAAAACCAAAAUCUUUGGAAAAUAAAAGAAUAAGAAAUGGCAACACUACUUUAGGGAGUAUUGCGACAAAUCAUGAAGCUUCUGAAGUGGAGAAUGAAAAACAAACGUCAUCUUCUCUUUGUGAAUAUAAUACUACUACUACCACUCUCAAGGAAAAAUCUUCAUCGGAUAAUCUUGAAACCGUGAGAGAUGAAUUCGGAGUGUUGGAAAAACUGCCAAUUUUGGAUGAACAGCUUCAGAACAGGAAAAACGAACUUAAUUCACAGCAAAAAACUGAACAAUAUACAAUAAAUCUUAGGGAUAUACAUUUACUCAGAGAUAGUCCAGAAGCUGAAAAUUCCUUCGGAACAAAAAUUGCAGAAAAAGUUGUGAAUAUCGAUUCUCAAUUGGUUUCAAGUUCAAGGAUGAAGGAACGUAGAUAUGACAAUGAAAUCGUCAUCUCCCCGAUGCCUCCAAAAAUAAGUAAUCAGUAUUCUCGUAUGGAUGAUAAAAUUGAAGAAUUCUCCGAUCCAAGUACCUAUGAAUUCCGAAAGGUUGACCUUCUUCGGUCGUCUAUUGAGACCUAUAGCUUUCCAGUAACGUGCACUAUUUGUUAUGAGAAAUUCUUCUUCAAAAAACAUGUGGAAAACCAUUUACGAAUCCAUAAUAUUUUAUCAUGUUGUUGUCCCUUAUGUGUGAAAGAAAUGGAUAAUUUCCAAAGAAUGAAAUGGUGAAAUGAAUGGCAAAUAUUCUUAUAAUAAUUUUAUUCAGUUUUAUGCUGUCCAACGAUUCAUAAAAUACUACAAUAUUAGGGAAUAAUUCCAAUUUUAAUAUACUUGUAUUGUAUAAGCACUGCUCUCAUAUAAAAUGUAAUUUUAAUUCGGAUAUUCUCAACUUUAGACGUUGAAAGGAAACA